AUGAGUGCACAUCCGGAAACUGAAAAGCAUUAUACAAUAAAACUUAAAGAAUUAAAAAAUCAACUUCAAUACAAUGUAAUAAUGUUACAUUAUGUUCCAAUUGAAAAAAUUGUCAUUAAUGAAUAUAUUUCUGUUUAUGAAGAAUAUGAUUUUAGAUUUAUGGUAUUAAAUUUUUUAGAUUAUUUUUCUUCAAUUGUAAAAAUGGAAGAUUUAAAAUGGACAGAGUACUCCUCUGAUGCAUAUCUUGUUUUUUUUGAUGAUACCGUUAGUGAAUUUACAAAUUUAAUUAAAUCACUUAUCAAAUGUCCUACCAAUAAGAAUUCUUUUUUGAAAAUGAAAACAAUUGAAUUUGGAUUAGUUAUUAAUUAUUCUGCUACAUAUCUAUCUUUUUUAAAUGAUUAUGGAUUUUUUAAAGAUAAAUUGGAUAAAUGUACAGGAUUUUAUGUCUUAGAAAAUAUUGCUAGAACAACAAUAAGUCUAUUUAUUAAUGAAAAUAGUAAAGAUAUAUUAAAAAAUGAUAGUAUUUGUUAUAAAUUAAAAUGUGUUUUCUUCACAAUAUGUUCUGUUGGUAUUUCAAUAUGUAAAAUUGCAAUGAAAUAUCCUAAUUUUAAACGUUUCCUAUUUCAAUUACAAUGUUGGUUAAAAAUUAUUACAUUUCUUAAUAAUAUAGAAAAUAUUAAAAAUGAAACUGUAUCUGAUGAUAAUAUUAAAAAAUAUCAAGAAAACAUUCGUCAAGAAAAAAUUAUUGGUAAAUCAUUAUACAGGAAAUUUAUUAAAAAGGUUAAAAAGACAAAAUAG